AUGGCAAGGGUCGUGUUUAAUCCAUUAGCCUGGUUUCUGGCCGCCCAUGGCGCGCUUGCGGGUUUGACAGUUGACGUCGAAAAUACAGAUUCUAUCAAGGCGGCGGCAGCUCUCGUAGCGGAGGAUCUCAUGGGAUUAUAUGAUGGCGAAAAACCAGGUAAUAUUCCUGGCGUUUUGCCUGAGGUUGCCGAUGGAAAUAUUGGUUGGUGGACAGGGGGUGUUCUCUGGGACACUCUACUGGACUAUAAAGCUCGCUCGGGAGAGUCCAAGUACGACGAAACUAUCUCGCGUGGUAUUCAAUGGCAGGUUGGGUCGAAUGACAACUUCCUUCCUGCAAAUUGGUCCGUGACAAUCGCCAACUCGGAUCAAGGCAUAUGGGCUCUGUCCGCUGUCACAGCUAACGAAACCGGCUUGCAAUUAGAGAAAGACUCUCCCCAGUGGCUUACGCUGGCUAAGAACGUCUUCGACAACUUAAGUAGCGAGGAUAGACGAGUCGAAGAAGGUGGCUGCGCUGGGGCCUUGAGGUGGCAGUUAUAUGCGAUAAAUGAGGGCUACAAUUAUAUUGACUCUUCUUCGAACAUUGUAUACUUGAAUCUAGCUGCCCAAUUGGCAUAUUUGACUGGCGAACAAUCCUAUGCGGAUGCAGCCGCUUCUACAUACGACAUACUCACGCGUAUCGGAUUUAUCACCAAAAAUUUCAAUGUCUACGAUGGGGCACACGUGGAUGACUGCAAGGAUAUUAACAAGGUGCAAUUCUCAUGGAAUGCUGCGUAUCUCUUGGAGGGCUCCGCGUUCAUGUAUAAUCUUACCGGAAACGAUACCUGGAAAACACGCGUGGAUGGUCUUGUCGAUCGAACUAUCGAACUCUUCUUUCCGGAUGGCGUCGCGACCGAGAUCGCGUGCGAAGAGAAAUCUUGUAACUCUGACAUGCACUUCUUCAAGGGAAUACUACACAGGGCGCUCGCGUCGACUAUGCAAGUUGCGCCGCACACCGCUGGCAAGAUUCAGCCUAGUCUCAAGUCAAGUGCUAAGGCGGCCGUGGCCGAGUGCACGGGGGGUAAUAACGGUCGACUAUGUGGAUUCGUCUGGAGUACUGGCAAAUUUGAUGGCAAUACAGGGGCAGCUCAGCAGAUGAAUGUAUUAAGUGCCUUGGUAAGCAUCCUGCCUGCGGGAGAGCAGGCCUCAGGGGGCAACAGCAGCGUUGGUAGCGGUAGCGGUAACGGUAGUGGAAGCGGAAGUGGAAAUGAAGAUUCACAGGAGAAUACUUCCAGCGAUGACACUCACGGUAAUGCGGGAACGAAGGCUAGUGUAGGCCUCGCUCUCUUAGGAUCAGUAUUACUGGGAAGCCUCCUGUUGUAA